AUGAUGUUCCCCAACUUCGCUGCUGGCCUCGUCGCCGCUCUUUCUAUCUCCGGUGUUAACGCUGGUCUUUGCCGUCCUAGCUCGCAGACUAGCUCGGUGGUUUCGUCUGGUAGCACUACAGCUAAGACUGCAUCUGAGACUUCAGCCACCCAGACCGUCGUUGGUACCACGAGUGUCGAGAACGGUUCUGAGACCACCACCAGUGUUGAGUCUGGCUCCGAGACUACUACUGCCGAGACAGGCUCUGAGACAACCAGCGUUGCGAUUGUCUCUGACACCACCACUGCUCAGACAUCUUUCGCCACUACUACCGUCAUCACCACCUCUGGUAUCGAUAUCACCACCGACGUGACCACCUUCAUCACCCUGACCGCCACCGACACAACCACUUCUGAACUCGCUACUACUUCUGCUUUCGUUCCCGCUGAUUUAUUCCCCUGCGUCACCAGCGACGACUGCGCUGCCUUCAUUCAGCUCUGCGAUGCCUACCGCUGCGGCUGCAUCAACCGUAACUGCGAGCGCCUGACCGACACUACCGCCACUGCUGAGCCUACUACUACUGCGGCUGCUGAAGAGACUACCACUGCUGCUGUCGACGAGGAAACCACCACCACUCAAGCUGAAGAGGCUGCUACCACCACUCAAGCUGAGGAGGUGGUCGCCACUACUCAGCCACCUGCUCGUCGUCGUGCUCUCGCUAGCCCUGUUCCCCAGGGUGCGCACUACUGCGAUGUUAACCAGGACUGCGAUGAGAAGACCGACAUCGAUGGAUACAGCUGCGAGACGUAUGAGUGUACCUGCCUCGAGAACUCUUGCGUUGCUCAGAUGCCCGACUUCUAA